AUGCGGUCAAUCUCGUGGAUCACCCUCCUGGGUGCUAUGCCUACUAUCAAGGCUCAAUUUGUCACAGCUCCCACAGAUCUGAUUGAAAAGAAGGGCUAUUUGGACAUUCCGGUACGAUACAAGGAAGUACCGACAGGGAUCUGCGAGACGGACCCGAAUACAAAGAGCUUCUCUGGUUAUGUCGACGUUGCAGAGGACCAGCACCUCUUUUUCUGGUUCUUUGAAGCACGCAAUCAGAACCCUGAGACUGCACCAUUGACUGUGUGGAUCAAUGGAGGCCCCGGUUCAUCUUCAAUGAUCGGUCUCUUCCAGGAGAACGGACCUUGCGGCGUCGACUCUGAUGGAAACGUGUACAACAAUCCAUACUCAUGGAACAACGCGAGCAACAUGAUCUACAUUGACCAGCCGACUCAAGUGGGCUUGUCAUAUAGCAUUCCAGUUCCAGGAUAUCUUGACCCGACCACUGACGAUGUGAUCGUAUUACCUUCUGAAUCCUGCCCUGACUACGCAGCUGAUUGGUCAUGCGGCACGUAUCCUUAUGGCAAUGCAAGUCUUACGGCAAACAGCACUGCUAAUGCGGCGCCGUUCUUCUACCGUGCAUUGCAAGGAUUCAUGGGGGCCUUCCCACAAUACUCUCGAGAGUCAUUUCACUUCACUACAGAGAGCUACGGCGGUCACUACGGACCUGUCUUUAAUGAGUAUAUUGAGAAACAGAACAAGAACUUGCAGCAGGGAGCUAAGAAGAUUUCUUUGGAGUCAGUCUUGAUUGGAAAUGGCUGGUACGACCCGAUUGUUCAAUAUGCAGCGUACUACAAUUUCACCGUCUCUCCUGGAAACACGUACGACUACCUCCCUUACAACGACUCGAUUGCUUCGUUGUUGUACAACAACCUCUGGGGUCCAGGAAACUGUAUCGACCAGCUUAAUGACUGCGCAGCACGUGGCAUCAAUGAGAUUUGCAGCAUCGCUGAUAACUUCUGCGCCAAUCACGUCGAAAAUAUUUACGAUGUUUAUCUUGGUCGAGACGAGUACGAUUUCCGUGAAUUGACGCCUGAUCCAUUCCCGUAUGAGUUCUACGUCGACUACCUCAAUACCCCAGAAGUACAGGCUGCUAUUGGCGCGUACGUCAACUUCACCGAGAGCAGUGAGUCAGUCUAUAGCGCGUUUGAAACCACUGGCGACGAUGGACGUAUUGCCAACACGGUCGAGGAUCUCGGGAAAUUGCUUGCUCAGGGUGUUAGUGUAGUGAUGUAUACCGGCGACGCUGAUUACAAUUGCAACUGGCUCGGCGGCCAGAAAGUGGCUUCAAUGGUGGACGCUCCCGGCUACAGCAAAGCAGGAUUCGUUAACAUUACUACUGAUGACGAUGUUGUCCACGGUCAGGUACGACAAGCUGGCAAGUUUUCAUUCGUACGAAUCUACGAAAGUGGUCAUGAGGUGCCAUUCUACCAGCCAGUCGUUGCCUUGAGCAUGUUUGAGCGUGUCAUCAAUGGAUAUGAUGUUGCAACUGGCAAGGUCAAAGCGGACUCAAAAUACAAGACCGUUGGACCUGCUGAGAGUACUUACAGAGAGGGUAACUCCACUAUUCAGUGGGAAGUGGUUGACACUGAUGCGACGUACAACACCACGACCAACGAGCCGAAUCCUGUGGCUCGGUCGAUGAGAAGGGCACAGCACGCUCGACGAUUUAAGCCAUGA